AUGACUAGAAGUAGCUUUGCGGAACUAGAAGGUCAGCUACAUCAAGAUCUUUUGUAUGGUUAUAACAAAAUACCGCGUCCAAUUAAAAACAGCACCGAUGUCCUUACAGUAAAUUUGGGCGCAUCAUUAAUCCGAAUCAUUGACGUGGAUGAAAAGAAUCAAAUUCUGACGACAAACUUAUGGCUUGAGAUGCAAUGGAACGAUUCCAAAUUAACUUGGGAUCCAUCGAAAUACGGUGGUAUCACAGCGUUGCAUAUUCCCAGCGAUCAGAUUUGGACUCCUGAUCUUGUAUUAUACAAUAAUGCAGCAGGUGAUCCAGAUAUAACGACUUCCACGGAUGCUCUUGUUGCUUAUGAUGGACGAGUUCUGUGGCAGCCGCCAGCCAUUUACAAAUCUUUUUGCCCGAUCGAUGUAACUUGGUUUCCAUAUGAUUCACAGCAUUGCGAGAUGAAAUUUGGCGCGUGGUCUUAUACCGGUUAUUAUGUUGAUUUAAAGCAGCUUCCACAAGAUCAAGUAAUGAAUGGGAUAGACAAAUAUGGGCAAGACGUUGAAACAAUGAAAAUAGGAAUGGAUCUCAGUUUCUUUUAUCAAUCUGCGGAAUGGGAUCUGUUAUCAUUAUCAUCAGCUCGACAUUCUGUUUUUUAUAUAAGUUGUUGUGGCCCGGAAAAAUAUGUUGAUAUUACCUAUUAUUUUGUGCUUCAUCGGAAAACACUUUUCUUCACUUGCAACCUGAUUGUGCCAUGCUUUCUAAUAUCUCUUCUUACUACUAUUGUUUUUUAUUUAACUGACCACAAAAUAACGUUUUCAAUAUCUAUCUUGGUUAUGCUAACAGUUUUCUUUUUGGUUUUAAUCGAUAUAAUACCGCCAACUUCACUAGUAAUACCCAUGUUUGGGCGAUAUUUGAUCACAACAAUGAUACUCGUUUCACUAUCAACAGUCAUCUCCGUUAUCACUGUAAAUUUUCGUUUCCGAAGUGGAUCUGCUUAUCGUAUGUCACCCUGGAUACGCAAACUAUUCCUUCAUUUCUUGCCAAAAAUAUUGUUUAUGGAACGGAACAUACCUAAGAGAAAAACUGAAACAUCGAAGAAUAAAUUAGUUGACGCUGUAUCGCUAGUAAGGCAAAGGAUCUUGCCGAAUGAGCUAUAUUGUUUCACAAUGCACGAAAGAAAAGAUAUAUUCUGGAAAUUUUAUCUGUCGUCAUCAAAAUCUCAUUCUGAUCCUUGCUCAAGUUAUGGAGAAAAGAGUGCCGGACAGUCUGCUUUCAACAGAAAUUUUAUUUACGAGGAUAACGAGUGGACAAUUGAAGACGAUAAGGAUUUCAUCCACCAGCACCAUUAUUUAAACGAUUUUGAAAGGAGCUUGAGUUAUAAGAGGAAUAGCGUUUCGAAACUAUUACAACAAAUCCGAUUUAUUGCUGACCAUUUUCGGAUAAAUAAGGAGGAAGCUGAGAUAUCUGACGAAUGGAUCUUUGCGGCAAUGAUACUUGAUCGAUUAUUCCUAAUACUCUUUUCCGUUCUAAACGUUGGUACUCUUCUGAUACUCUUAGAAGCGCCAUCACUUUACGAUACCAGAUCACCUAUGAAUAUUACUCAUGCUACAAAGCCACUUGGACAAGGAAGUUUUCCUUUACCAACCACUAAUUAUUUUAAUUGA